GAUGUUUGGUGUCGCAAAGAUGACAAUAUUGUAAACAUACAGUUGACGCUACACUGUCUAUGGGUUGGCGAGCUCAGAUAGAUACUUUGAAGUGGAAUCAUUCCAUACAGUCUUGAUUCCGUAGAGGUGUAGGCAAAUCGAAUAGAUGUCUGAUGCUCAAGAAGCCACAAAGCCAGACGAGGAGGCUCCAGUACCCCAGGACCAGUCGGACGAUAGCGACGAGGGUGAGGCAUCGGGAGACAGCGAGAUGGAUUUCCUGCGCAGCCUAUUUUCUCGGACACUCGGCUUGGGGCCUGGAGAAAAGGUUUUGGAUGAGUUGACGCUCGACGGUGUAGCCCGAUACAUAAAUAGCGGCGCAUGCAAGAAUAUCAUCUGCAUGGUCGGUGCUGGAAUAUCAACAUCGGCAGGCAUCCCAGACUUCCGCUCUCCAGGGACAGGCCUCUAUGCCAACCUUCAGAAGUACAAUCUACCUUACCCAGAGGCCAUAUUUCAGAUUGGUUACUUCAAGACACACCCUGAGCCCUUCUUUGCCUUAGCCAAGGAGCUCUACCCUGGACAAUUCAAGCCAACAGUGUGCCACUACUUUAUCAGGAUGCUGAAGGAGAAGGGGCUGCUCCGCCGCUGCUACUCCCAGAACAUUGACACUCUGGAGCGUGUGGCGGGGCUUGGGGAUGCAGACCUGGUUGAGGCUCAUGGAACUUUCUACACCUCACACUGUCUCAGCUUCCUCUGUCGCAAGGAGUACUCCCUCGAAUGGAUGAAAGAGAAGAUUUUCAAGGAUGAGAUCCCCAUGUGUGACAAAUGCAGUGGAUUGGUCAAACCAGACAUUGUUUUCUUUGGUGAGAAUCUACCAGCUCGAUUCUUCACUUCCAUGACAGCGGACUUUCCUCGAUGUGACUUGCUCAUCAUCAUGGGCACAUCUCUACAGGUGCAGCCCUUUGCUUCCCUAGUUGGCAGAGUCCCUAAGAGUGCUCCCAGGCUCCUCAUAAACAUGGAGAAGACAGGAGAGUCGGACUUCCUGGGUGGGAUGCUUGGUUUGGGUGGAGGGCUUGACUUUGAUUCAGACAAAGCUUAUAGAGAUGUGGCCCACAUUAGCACCUGUGAUGAGGGCUGCCUGGCUCUUGCAGACCUGCUGGGAUGGAAGGAGGAGCUACAGGAGCUGGUGAAGCGGGAGCACGCUUUGAUUGACAGCAAAAACAAGAAUGAGAAAGGUGGAGCAGCCAAUGAGAAUUCUUCAGCCACCGAACAGACAGCUCAGGGGGCGGAAGCUGGCAUAAGUGAAAAGACUGAGUGACCAAUGAUCAAUGACAAAUGACACAAGAACAAUGGAAAGAGAUGCCCUGUGGCUCUGGCCAGUGGACUCUCCCCAUCUCCCUCUUCAGUCAAUCUCUUAUUCUUUACACAUCUCUCUCUUUUCUUUCUCUCUUUCUCUCUGUCCCUCCCACCUUCCCCUUUUGUUUGCAGAAUCAGUAACAUUUUCUAUUUCUCUAACUUGGUCAGCAGAGUAAUAUGUGGUAAUCAGGUUACUGAGACCUGCAAAUUGAUGAUCUUGCUGUAUCCAUGAGAGGAGAUUUUAAGCCACAGUUGUCUAUACAUGAUUCUGAGCAGUUCAGCGGUUCAUACACAUCCACAUGAGGCUGGUAAUAUCAAUAGUGCAAAUUAUUACUUCAGAUAAAGACAGUUAAUUCUCUUAAUCAUGAUUUUUAAAAGCAAUAAGUCUGUAUUAUUUGAUUAUUUUGAUAGAAGAAAGUAUUUGAAAGAUAAACUAACAUUAAUAUAUAUGUUUUAAUAUUUUAAAACUUAUCUGGAGCUUAAGUUUUCUUGUUUUUGUUGGAGGAAGAAGAAGUCGCUCUCUCUAUUAGAGUGUUGCAGCACUGUGUUCUCUCACCAUAACCUCAAUAUGAUCGUAGAAGCGCACGUAUGAACGGCAAGUCAAAAACAAGACAUACAACUAAAGCAAAUAAAACAUUCUAAACAAA